AUGGAGUAUGAAAAGUUGAAAAAAGUGGAAGCAGAUGGAUUACGACGUUCAGCAUUCUUUGGGAUCGCAAUUUCAACUGUUGCAACAUUAACAGCAAUUGUUGCAGUACCAAUGCUGUACAAUUAUGUUCAGCAUGUGCAAUCAUCAUUGGAGGGAGAACUCGAAUUUUGUAAAUAUAGGACCGAUGGAUUAUGGAAUGAAUAUCGCAUUAUUGAAGAAGUUACUGGUUUUCAAGGAAGAUUGAAAAGAGAAGCGCGUUAUCGUCAUGCAGGAAGAACAGGUCAAAAAUCAGCACGAGCACGGGCUGCAGGCACUUAUCCAAGUAGUGUUUCCGGAUAUUUACCAUCUGAUGCUAGUGUUAAGAACGCAGCAGUUAAUAUGCAAGGUGGAGAUACGUGCUGCAGCUGCGGUGUUGGAAAUGCGGGUCCUUCUGGACCACCAGGAAACGAUGGUGAAAAAGGAGCUGAUGGAGCACCAGGCAGCGACGGUAUUCCAGGACAGGAUGCCGCACCAGACGCUAUACCGAAACCCGAAGACUUCUGCUUUGACUGUCCAGCAGGAGCAGCGGGACCGCCAGGUGAAACUGGACCCAAAGGACCACCUGGACAGGCUGGCACACCAGGCAAGAACGGAAUUGCUCCAUUGCCAGGACCGCCAGGUCCAUCUGGACCGCCUGGACCAGCUGGAGCAGUGGGUGAAGUGGGACCACCUGGACCACCCGGUUUACCCGGUCAAGUUAGAGAGGUACCUGGAACUCCUGGCCCACCGGGACCCGAUGGUCCGAUAGGAUCAGCAGGACCACCAGGACUGCCUGGUUCACCAGGAAAUGCUGUCCCUGGACCUCCAGGGUUGCCUGGAGAUGCAGGAUUAGAUGGUGCUCCUGGACAACCUGGAGCACCUGGAGAACGCGGUGAAAUGGGAGCUACUGGCAAAGGUGGUGCAUGUGAUCAUUGCGCACCACCACGUACUGCACCUGGGUAUUAA